GGUGGUGUGUAAAAAUAGCAUCGUAGCGUUUUCAAUGGAUGGCUCCACUGUGUGGUAGCGAGGUGUCUAUGUUGUGUAUAGGGGUGACUCGGAGGUGUUUUUGUUUGGUACAUAGUACAGUUUUAGUGCACAUUUGCUGAAUUUCUCGCCGUGUGAGAGAAAUCGCACCAGACCUAAUUAUGCAUGGAGAACAUAUCGCCACACAGUCGGUGGUUCGUUCGAUCGUGUGUCGGAAGCCGGUCGGUCUGAAUGACAGUCCAGCGUCGGCAUGAGCGUCGGAAAAUAUUCUGAUUUUGGAUUAUAACAGGAUUUCCGUCAGAACCCGUGACCUGCGAGGAGUGAGGUCGACUAGCGCAAAGGGACAAGACUAGCCCAAGGUGGUCACGUUUCAGACGGGCCCGACCCCCCUCUCAACCACACCUCAUGAUCAGUGCGCGAUGUGGGGUCUGAAGAGGAGCGCGCAGUGAGAACAAGCAGUGUGCGUAUGGAUGAUUAGGGUCAUCGAGAGCAGUGGAAUGGUUUGUUACCAGGGAGAUAGAAUUGUGUCAUCCUGGAGCUUAAUGUAAGCCGUAACGAGUUAUUGUUAACCGAGAUGUUCAGUUUGAACAAGUGAAGUACCCGUGGAGUGGUGUUGUGUUAUUAUGCCUGAUCUACGUUGUGUCGUCUGCUAGUCAGGCGGUUAUAGACGAAUUAUGUCGUCUGCUUGCUGCAGUAUCAACAUGACACAGAGUCUUCUGCAAGGAAAGCGGUUCUUUUGCCGUGAGUGGGCCUUCUCCAAGGUGAACCAUUGCGUGGAACAUAGACCCUCAUCUAAGACCUGUGGGGCUUUAAUCAUGGGAGGCCCCGGGUGUGGGAAAACUGCCCUAUGUUGCGAGCUGGUGUGGCCUACUGUGGUUCAAGGCAAACAGGCGACGCUGAACAAACGCUUGCUUGCUUACCACUUUUGCCAAGCAAACGAUAUCGAGACCCUGUCUCUGGUCAAUUUUAUUCGCAAUCUUGUCGACCAAUUGUCAAAAUCGGACUUACUAAUAGGGUACAGAGAAAAGAUCCAAGAACCAUCUAUACAAAGAUUAUUGGAGCCCUCGGAAUGUGAACGGGAUCCUGAUGAGGCUUUCAAACAGGCGGUUCUGCAGCCACUGACCACAAUUGACCCGCCGAAAAGCACGUUAUUCAUGAUUGUAGAUUCUAUAGACGAGUCGUAUUUGCAGACAAUCAAUGAUAGAGUCAACUGUAGCAGAACCCUAGCUGAAUUACUUGCAAAUCACCACCCUUUAUUCCCAGAAUGGUUGCUCCUAGUGUGUUCCUCUCGUAAACAAAGCAAAACAGUAACUCGAAUGUUCACAGGUUUCAGAAAAAUUAGCCUGGACGAUCUUAGAAAGUCUCACAUUGUUCGUGAUGUGCAACAGUACAUUCUGUGUCGACUGGACCAAGAGGAAGCCCUCCGGCAACAUUUGAGCAAGGAAACAGCUGAAAUGUUAAACCAGCUUCACAUUAAAAGUAAUGGCUGUUUCCUGUACUUAGAGAAAGUUUUGGACGGAGUGGCAGAGAACUUUAUAAUGUUACGUGAAAUUCGAGAGAUCCCCGGCACACUUAACGGGUUGUAUCUCUGGCUCAGCCAACGAUUGUUUGUUCGGAAGCAAUUUACUAAAAUACAACCAAUUUUAAACGCCAUUUUGGCGUCCCGCCGGCCGAUGACCGAGGAUGAAUUAUUCUCAUGUGCCCAUGCUUGCUCGGGAAGUCUAAGCAGAGAGGAGUUUGUCAGACGACUGAGGCUCAUGUCAAAGAUCCUCAUUGAUGGGAAAGCGGGGACAAAGAUACUUUUUCACCACAGCUUUGCCGAGUGGCUACUUGACGUAAAACACUGUACUCAGAAAUAUCUGUGCAAUGCCAGUGAAGGCCAUGGGAUGCUUGCUAUGCAUGCCACUCGCAACGCGCCCAAUCUUACACCGGCGGAAGUUCAGGACUUCGCUUUACAUCUGGUGAGGACUAACUUUCAGGCUCCCAUCCAACAUUACCACAUAGUGCAGUGGUUGCUCUUAUCUGGGGCGAACGUCGAAGAUAGCUUGUCUGUCGGCCUCCCUAAAGAUCAGAAAGUUCUCAAACUUUUACUGGACGCUGGGGCGAAGAUGCCCUCUAAUGAGGUCCGCCCUAGUGGUAUUACUGAGCAGUCGGGGAAGGAUGAGUCCGAGUCGGUGAAAGACCUCCAAGAUAUUGAUAUUCCUCUUGACCAAGUGGACAGCAAUGGCCGGACUCUGCUUCACACCGCUGCCCAUCAGGGCAAUCUGCAGGUGGUUAAUUUACUCCUGACAAAAGGAGCCAGCAUAGAAGCUAUUGAUAAGACAGGUCAGACUCCGCUUAAUUUAGCGGCUAGGCAGGGAUACGCCGAAGUUGUCGAGGUCCUGCUUAAGGCUAAAGCCGAGGUCGACCACGCCGACAACGACGGCUGGACGGCGUUGAGGUCUGCGGCCUGGGGUGGACACACCGCUGUGGUGGGAAUUCUACUGAAGGCUGGAGCGAAGGUUGAUCAUGCUGACAGUGAUCAGAGGACUGCCCUCAGGGCAGCCGCAUGGGGUGGACACGAGGACAUUGUUUUGAAAUUGCUCGAACACGGCGCGAAUGUAAACAAAGCUGACAACGAGGGCAGGACUGCUCUCAUUGCAGCAGCGUACAUGGGGCACGUGGAGAUCGUGCAGCAUCUUUUGGAUUACCAAGCGGAUAUUAACCACGAGGACUGUGACGGUAGGACGGCGUUGUCAGUUGCAGCGUUGUGCAUUCCUGCAAGCGAAGGACAUGAGAAAGUUGUCAGUUCCCUGUUGGAAAGAGGGGCUGAGGUUGACCACCAGGAUCAUGACGGCAUGACGCCGUUGGUCGUCGCCGCCUACGAGGGUCAUAGCGACGUUUGUGAGCUUCUGUUGGAGUGGGAUGCCGACGUUGACCACAGCGACCACAACAACCGGACAGCCUUAUGGGCAGCGGCGUCUAUGGGUCAUGCCAAGGUGGUUGCUCAGCUGCUCUUCUGGGGUGCGGCUGUCGACCACAUCGACGCCGAAGGACGUACCGUGUUGUGUGUGGCGGCGGCGCAAGGAAGUGUAGCCGUUGUCCAACAACUACUGGACAGAGGUCUGGAUGAAAUGCACCGGGACAACUCGGGAUGGACACCGCUGCAUAUGGCUGCAUAUGAAGGACAUACUGAGGUUUGUCAGAUCAUCAUUGAACAAGGUGCCAAGAUCAAUGAGAUUGACAACGAUGGACGAACUCCGCUCAUUCAUGCAGCUCAGGAAGGUCAUGCUCCAGUUGUUGCCUGUCUCCUGGAACACCAUGCCCACAUCGACCACAGAUCACAUGACGGCAAGACAGCUCUCCGAGUUGCAGCCCUUGAAGGUCAUCGCGAUGUCUUGGAGAUUCUGGUUACAGAAGGUGGCAACAUCAACUACAAAGAUGCAGAUGGCAGAUCCACCCUGUAUGUCCUUGCCCUGGAGAAUCAGUUCAACAUGGCUCAGUACCUUCUGGAGGUCGGUGCUGAUGUUGAGAGCGUUGAUCUUGAAGGGAGAACAGCCCUACAUGUUGCUGCAUGGCAGGGCCAUUUCGAGAUGGCCGAGCUGCUGAUCAUGCAUGAAGCUGAUGUGAAUGCAGUGGAUAAUGAUCAGAGGACAUCCCUGCAGUCGGCAGCAUGGCAAGGUCAUGAGAAGGUGGUUCGUCUGCUGCUGGAGAAGGGAGCACACGUGGACCACACUUGCAACCAGGGAGCUACAGCUUUGUGUAUCGCAGCCCAGGAAGGGCAUGAGGAGGUUGUGCGAGUAUUGUUGAAGUAUCACGCAAAUCCUAACCAUGCUGAUCAGUUUGGUCGGACUCCUAUUCGUGUGGCUAUGAAGAGUGGACAUACGUCUGUGUGUAAGAUUCUUGAAGACUUUGGUGCAAUGCCAGUGAAUGGUACGAAGAGCAGGAGCUCCUCUUCUACUUCCAGUAAUGAGACACGACCACUCACAACAAAUCCUCCAAAAGGGGGCGCUAUUGCUGGGCACCCUCAUCCUAUCCACAGCUCACCAUCCGACUCACCAGAGUCAACUUUUGACCGGAGAAAAUCGUACCACUCCAACAACUCGUCAAAAUCCUCCAGCAACCUUACAUCUUCCACCAAUCAGAGCUCGCAGAGUGGGAACGUGACAAAGGCGGAUGGUGAGUGUUUGACCUUCACCCAACAGCUUCAACAGUGCUCUAUGGGCAAGAACCGUUCUCGCCCAAUCUCUCGAGUUCUCUCCCCUGUGAGUGAGCCUCAAUCCCCAGUGCAGUCCCCACCUACAUCUCCCGUUGGAGAAACCCCCAAAUUCCCGACUUCCGGAGGACCUGUCUCUCCAUCCCUGGAACAUAAUAUUAACUUUCUCAACCCAUCUCCUGUGAAAAGUGCAAGCUUGAAACAGGAGAAAAUCUCUGCCACUAUCAACAUUAUUACUAACCCUAAUGCUGAGAUCAUGAACAGUUGUGAUGAGCCAGUUUGGCAGCUCAAUCCAGCACACUUCCAGAACAUGAAACGGAACCUUCUCCAGCAGCGGGGAAUUGUUCCGGACUCUCCAACCAAGAUGGUAAUGGGACAGAGUGCGCUACACAUGCGCUCACCAGAAAUGAGACGGAAACGGAAUGGAAUUGUUACCAAUCCCAACAUCACCAAAAGCCCAGCUGCAGUGACCAGUCAAGAGAUUCUCAAGAGCCCUGGAGUAAAUGGACAUGGGCAGUCGACCUACAACAAGCUGUCCAGUGAUUCCAAGGAACCAGUGAGUCCUAUACAUGCCAAUGGCUUCUCGAGCAUCCCUGCAGUAUCCAGCAGGAAAGGACCUCAACGGCCCAAUGGACUACCCCUCAAGAAAGAAACCCCUCUGUAAGACGGCCAUGAUGUUACAGUGGCACAGUUGCUAUGGAUACGGAAUUUCUCGUAUUUAUGAAUAUUCAAAUUCUUCUGUGGAGCUUCAGACAGGGUGUACUUCCCCUGAUUACGACAUGAGUGCUUAGAACGUACAGAAUCGGCAGAAACCUGUCGAGUUUUGAAAACUGCUGCUCUUGUGAUACUGUUUGUCAGUGUUGAGAAAAUUAUUUGUAGUGGAGAGGAGUAUUCUUCAGGAUUCCAGAAAAUUCUGAAGAGAAUAUUUUCCAGUGUUGCUGGAGUUCAAGACAGUUACUCUUGCCUGUUUUUCUUAAUUAAAGGACUUAAGGUCGUAUUCUACUUGAACAUUUGCCUGGCUGUGUUAAAUAUGACUUGUUAAUGAAUUCCGAGAUGAUCAAGGCGCUGUUACAUUCUGAGAUAACAUCUUUUGUCUGCUUAAUAUGUGAUAGUAUGUUGUUUAUUUUUUAAACUUUAUUUUAUUUUUUAAAGAGACAUUCAGUUCAACACCAACAUUGGUUGACAGAAGAUUAUGGAUAUAUAAAUCAUGAAAAGAAGUUUACAAAAGAAAUGAUAACAUAUAUUAUAUUUGGGAUUACACUUUCUAAAAUGCCAUUGUGUAUUUCAAAAGAAAUGAUGACACAAAUAUUAUCAUUGUGUGCGUUUGUGUAUGAUGAAAAUUAAGUUAUGAUUAUCACAUGUUUUAGAAAACCCUUGUGAUGGGUUUCUUGGUGUUUAACCAAACAGAACGUACAAGAAAUCAGUUCUGGCAUAUGAAGUCAUUGCCAUCUGAUUGUCCAUAAUGCAUAAUAGAUACAAUGUGCCAUGUCAGUAGAAUUAGAAUCUAUUUAAAAAGCAUUCAUUAUGAUUAUAUAUGCACCUGAGAAUAUUAAAAACAGCAUUUUCUCAAUGUUAUGGCUGUUCCAUUCUCAAACAACACAAAUUACACUUUUCCAAAGUCGCCUGGGUGCCGUUGUACAAAGCGAUCUUAGCGCUAAGGUGACCGUAACUCCCAUACCUUAACAUAGGCUUAAGGUAGCCUUGCGCUAAGGUUGUUUUGUACAACGGCACCCAGGACGCAGUUUGGUGAAUAAGCCUAUAAGAGUUACCUCCCUUUCAAUGGUUCUGGCUAAGCAUGAGGUAUCCUGUGAAAUUUGCCGAUGUGUAUGAGAUAAUGAAAAUAAUAAGUUUCACAAUUAAACAACACCAUGAUUUGGAUGCCUUUGUCAUUUACUCUAUAUUUGAAUAUCUGUGAAUUGUGUAUACUGAAGCCAUGUUAGAAGUUGCUAUAUAACAUUAAUGCAGCAUAAUUAUAUGCAAUUAAUUCUUGAAGUUUGCAUGAUAGCUAUUGAGCAUGGAAUCAAAACUGCUUCAAUAGAUCACCAAAAGCUUAUAGUGCUGAAUUCAGAAUAUGUCAUAUUAUAUUGUACAUUUACGCUACUUGUAUCUACUGUUGAAAUUUGGUAUGUAGACUUGACUAUGAUUCCAGAACAAAACUGCGGAAGUUUGAUUUGUGGUGAAAUGUAAACAGUUGUAUUCUAUUGUCAUGAUCGACUGUUUAUAUUUUUUCAAAUUUUAGUCCUAUUCUGCAAGAGCAAUAUGUUAACUAUUGAUUGGGCAAAAGACAAAAUUAAAGCUUUAAACCAUUUCUAAUUGUAUGUCUGAAAUUCUUCAGGAAUCACUUGACAAGUUUACAUGCUUGACAAAUUAUGUAUAUGUGUAUAUAUGUAUGUAUGGGUAUCCACACUGUGUAGUGCAUCCUUAUGAUUCAGGGUAGAUAACUUUGUAUUACGAGGAUAAUACUUUUAAAAGCAAGUACAUAUUCCCCACAAAAUUCAAUAAUCAGAAAAAUAACUCUUUUUGAGUUAGAACAAUUUACAGCUAGACGAGCCACUCAUUGGAGAGUUAUGUCCCUUUGGUAUCAUGAUCCUGGUGUUGUUUGAUGGAAUUCAAGACUUGCACCAAGUCUAACGUUCAGCCUAUGGCCGCCAAAAUGUUUAUGUACCGAGACCACGUUUCCGCACAUUGUGUUCGCAGCUGCCAUGUUGCUGAAACCCUUCUGGAAACUUUGUUAAAUCGCAACACAACCACCCUACCGUAGGCGAACCCAUUCGUCACCACUCGCCCCUUUCCGUAACCUCCAAGCUAUUCGGCUUGUCCCGGAAUAACACGAGUUGGUCACGAGUGUAGACGAAUCCUUCAGCACAUGUGGCAACUAACACUGACGCCCCAACACUCUGUCAAACAUGGUCAUCACCAAAUUCUAUUGCGACUGUCAUCGGAUAUGGGGACCCAUUCUGUCUGGGGAUAUUCCCACAGAGUGAGUGAGUGAGUGAGUGAGUAAGGUUUGGUGAUGAUUUAAACAAUAUUCCACAAAUAUCAGACCCUGUCAUUUUCUUACGAAAGUUCCUGAAGUGAUGCAGAUAUUGUAGGUUUAUAUUUGGUUGAAACCUGAACAUGGGUAUAUAAAUCUUUAAACGCAUUCUUAGCGGGACAGGAUUCAAACCCACGAUCAUAGAGCCUAUGAGACAACUCUGCAAGAUAAUGCAGCUCCUUCGACAAUUGAACCACCUUGGCGCCUCACUGGUAUAGAAUACGUGCAACAUGCUUGGUUGGUUGGUUGGUUGUUUAACGCCGCACUCAGCUAUAUGGCGGCGGUCUGUAGAUAAUCGAGUCUGGACUAGACAAUCCAGUGAUCAACAGUAUGGGCAUGAAUCUGCUUGAUUGGGAUACGAUAACAUGUGUCAACCAAGUCAGCGAGCCUGACCACCCGACCCGUUAGUCGCCUCUUACGACAAGCACGGGUUGCUGAAGAUCAAUUCUAAGUUCUUUACGGGUCCGUAAACAUGAAAAGCGACAUAUAUUGCAUCCUAGCAAUGAAAGCAGGAAUUCCUCUCAGAAUCAGAUGUUAUAUACUCUCUAUCAUGAGCCAGUGCACUCACGCAGUCAGCUGUGUUAGAAUUUGCCACCGUGUUAUAGGCGUGUUAAUGAUUCUAGUCAGAGAUGCAAAUUAUGUGUUGUUUCAGAGAAUAAUUCUAUUGUUAAAGUGCAAUUAAUGUAAAUGUACAUGCUAUCCACAUGCAAAUGAUAUACUGUGUCGAGGAAAGUGCUGCGCAAUGAGACAAUUAGGGAGACCGCCAUGCAGGUAUGUUGUUGAUGGCCAAAUCACACGGUUUAAUUAUUACUUUGAGAAAUCAAUCAAAAUAAUAACAAGGAGUUACUGAUGUUCAUAUUUUACCAAACAUGUUACAAGGAACUGACUGUUGAUUUGAACUGGAGAAGAUAUAGGCCAUUGGUUAUUGUUGUGUAUAUCAAGGACUUAUAUAUGUGUGAACCUUUGGCUUUAUUACAUAGCAGUUUAAGUUUUAAUAAUAUCAAAGUGGAUAAAACUUGCUGUUCCUUAUGGAAACGAUUUUCUUUAUCGCCAAAGAUAGCUUUAUUUCAAAACAUACAACGCGCUAGCUGCAACGAGAUUAGUUUCAAGUACUGUAUGUUGCUUAAGUGAAUCGUUAUUGCAGACCUUGUAAAUGUGUAGUAUAUAUAUAUCCAUGUAUCCAACAAAGUACAAAUGAUUACUGUUUAUACAGUGGGCCCUGGGCCCUGGAAGCUGCAUAAAUCAUUGUGACUUUGUUUGAUGAUAGAGAAGCUUUAAGCGUUUAUAUACUGGAAUCUCGUGUACAUUGUUUUGCGGCUGUGUAUCGAGGAAGAGGUUGUUGCUAGGAUACACGAAAUCCCGGCCUGGGAUUGGCUCGUAUAUUUAGUUACAUGAAUUUCUGUUCAGUAUUACCGUUUCCUUUAGUGUUUGACCAUCGAUUGUACACAAACAGUGUUUUGUCUGUAAUGAAUGUUUCCACUUCUGAACAAUGCGUCAUGUCGGUGUACAAAUCAGCAUGCAAGUGCCAAUAAAACAAUUUGAUAAAGA